CCCCUCUCUCUCCUCUGCUGGUUCCCGAGAGACAUUAUUUCUCCUCUUCUCUUACAAUUUCAACCGCAAAGUCUGAGUUGGAUCAUCUCACAAUCUGGGUUUUGGGGGCCUUGUUUUGAUCUGAAAAGGGUUUGCUUUUUAUUUUUUAUUUCCUUUGUAUGAAAUCUGAGAGUUGACAAUGGAAGUGGGGAGGAGGAUAUCGGCGAGCCAUCAGCCAUCAAGCGCUCUGAACCAGAAAACUGAUAAGCUCUCUGCCAUGUGUUCUUCUUGCUUCUCCUGUACAGCUUGAUCUGUAGAGCUGUGCAUAGCAAUCUCGGCAGGCAAGCAGAAUAGAUUGCGGACACCAGCCCCAAGUGCAUGUUUGCAUGUUUUGGCUAGUGAAUUUUCACAUAUCUGUAAUAUGGCUGGUUCUUGUUCUUCGUCUACACAUAUAUAUAGGUAUGAUGUCUUCAUUAGUUUCAGAGGGGAGGACACCCGCAAGACUUUUAUCAGCCAUCUUCUUAAGGCUUUAGAUGGGAAGAAAAUCGAUACCUACAUCGAUUACAAACUUAAGAGCGGAGAUGAAAUUGGACCUGCCCUUUUGAAAGCGAUCGAGGAAUCAAAGAUUUCAUUGAUUGUUUUCUCCGAAAACUAUGCCUCUUCCCGAUGGUGCUUGGAUGAGAUGAUUCAUAUACAGCAAUGCAAGGAAAGAUAUCAACAACUUGUUAUACCUAUUUUUUACAGAAUAGAUCCAUCGCAUGUGCGUUACCAGAAGGAGUCUUAUGCAGCUGCAUUCGCUAAACAUGAAGAACGUUUCGAGGACAAGAGGGAAAGGGUGCUUAAGUGGAGGCAUGCUUUAACAACAAUAGCCAACCUAUCAGGGUUUGACUCACUCACCACUAGUAAUGAUUCUGAAUUAGUUGAGAGAAUCGUCAAAGCUAUUUUGAUGCAGUUGGAUCGUGAACUCUCUACUGAUUUAACAGGAUUGGUUGGAGUAGAAAGUCGCAUUCAGAAAAUUGAAUCCUUAUUAUGCAUUGACGGCAUUGUCCCGCCAGAAGUUUGCCUUCGUACAGUAGGUAUUUGGGGUAUGGGUGGUAUCGGUAAGACCACACUUGCUGGUGCUGUAUUUAACCGACUCUCUUCUCAAUUCGAAGCAUCAUGUUUUCUUGCAAAUGUUAGGGAAGAAUCAAAGAGAUGUGGACUAAAUCGUCUCCGAGAUGAACUUCUUCGUGAGUUAUUAAAGGAAGAAUGUUUCAGGAUUGGCACUCCAUCUGUAGGAUCAAGUUUGGUCAGAAAGAGGUUGUCCCAUACAAAGGUCCUGGUUGUGCUUGACGAUGUGAAUGACUUCAGCCAAUUGGAGCAUUUAGUUGGAGAAGAAGUUCAGUUUGGUCGAGGAAGUCGAAUCAUUAUCACAACUAGAGAUAAGCAACUACUCAGAGAUAUGCGACUACUGAGGAAGGAACCUAAAAAUGAUGUAAGGAUAUACGAAGUUCAGGAAUUAAAUGGUAAUGAAGCCCUACAGCUCUUCCAUUUGAAUGCUUCCACUGCUAUGUGUUCUGGAGGAAACUUUAUUUUUUUAAGAGGGCUGGUAGAUUAUGCUUCAGGCAUUCCGCUGGCACUUAAAAUUUGGGGUUCCUUAUUCCGUAGAUGCAAGAACAUGAAAGAAAGGGAAAAUUUUUUGGUUAAAUUGAAAACGUAUCCCAACGAAAAGCUUCAGAAUGUAUAUAGAGUUAGUUAUGAUGUAUUAGAAGAAAACGAGAGGGAGAUAUUUCUUAGUAUUGCAUGUUUUCAUAAAAACGAGAAAAUCCAUGAUGCAAAAAGACAACUAGAUGCAUGUGGUUUGUUUGCGGAUAGUGGAAUCGAAGUUCUCAUUGAUAUGUCUCUCAUAUCAAUUAAAAGUGGUCUACUUUGGAUGCAUGAUGUGAUACAAGAAAUGGGUUGGGAAAUUGUUCGCAAGGAAUGUCCUGAAGAGCCUGGAAAGCGCAGUAGGUUGUAUACUCCUAAUGAUGUCCAUCAUGUGUUGGAAAAGAACACGGGAACUGAAAAAGUUCAAGGCAUAUCCGUAAGACUGAAUAGCGCCGAGGAGCAAACCUGGACUCAACUCAUUCAAGCCUUGGUGAAGAUGUAUGAUCUUAAAUUCCUGAACUUUUACGGAUAUUUUUCACAGUACUGGAAUCUUCAAGAUCUUGAGUCCCUUCCUAAUGCACUUAGAUAUCUCUGCUGGCCCGAAUACCCUUUAAAAUCUUUGCCAUCAAAGUUCUCUUUGGACAAUCUUGUUGAGCUUCUAAUGCCCCGUAGCCAACUGCAGAGACUUUGGAAUGAAAGCCAACAGAUUCUUAGGAACUUAAAAAGGAUCGAUCUUAGUGACUCCAAGCAGCUAGUUGAAGUUCCAGAUCUCUCUAAGAGUGUAAAUAUUAAGAGUAUAGAUCUUCGAGGCUGUACACGGUUGGUUGAAGUUCCCCCUUAUUUUCAAAAUCUUCCCAAGCUUACCUCUCUGAAUCUGGGUCAUUGCUCGAGUCUUAAGAUUUGUUCAGAGAUCCCAAGAAAUAUGAAAUUCUUAGUGUUAGAAAGUACUGCAAUAGAAGAAUUGCCUUCAUCAAUAUGGUCUCAUAAAAAUCUUGUUCAGUUGAAUCUUGAAAGGUGUGAGGGCUUGAAGAAUCUUCCAAACAGCAUUUGGAAGCUUAACUCCCUCACAUCUUUUAAUUUGUGUUGGACAGGUAUAGAAGGAUUGCCCUCAUCAAUCGAGUGUUUCUCAAACAGCGUCGUUUCAAUUCAACUGUACUAUUGCAGAAGGUUGGUGAGUCUCCCAACCAGCAUUUGUAAGUUGAAUUAUCUCGAGAGACUUUCUCUUGAAGGUUGCUCUAGCUUCAAAAACUUCCCAGAAAUCUUGGAGCCUCUUGAAAGUCUUAAGUAUCUUAAUUUAGUAGGAACAGAUAUCAAAGAGCUACCCUCUUCGAUCCAAAAUUUAGUUGGGCUUAAAACUUUAACCUUAUCCCGGUGCCAGAGCCUCGAGUCUGUCCCAAAUAGCAUCUACUAUCUAAGCCUUUUGAAUUUCGAAGUUGAUGGCUGCUGCAGUCUAAAAGCGUUGCCUCACUCGUCCAUCAUUUUGUGGUCUUUGGUACAUUGUCUAGAUUUCAAAGGCUGCAAUAUAUUUGAAGAAAUCCCUGACUGCAUCUGUAGCUCAACCUCGUUGAUUGAACUAGAUCUGAGGGAUAGCAUGAUCAAGAGUAUUCCUUCAACCAUCAAACAAGCGUCUAGGCUGAGGGUCCUAAAUGUAAGCAAUUGCAAGCGCCUUGAAUCUUUACCGGACCUUCCUUGUCUUAGACAGUUAAACGCAAGUGGCUGCACGAAACUGAAAACAGUGUCAUUCUCGAUGACUGCACUCACACAAGGCCUGGAUCAAGUAUGUGAAGAUGCAAGGCUAUACCUUGAUGAGAGACAUGAGUUAUACAAUUGCGUAAAUUUGGAUGAGAAUGCAAGGAGCAACGUAAUGGAUGAUGCACAUCUUCGAAUUAUGCACAUGGCAACUGCUAAUUAUCAUAAAUUUCAAUAUGAGGGGUCGGAGUUUUGGGGCGUAGAACCUGCUUCAGUUGCAGUUCUAUGUUGCGGAAAUGAAAUUCCAAAAUGGUUCAGCUUUCAAAGGGAAGGCGGUUCAAUAAAAAUCAAGCUUCCUCUAAAUUGGUGUGAUGAUGCGAACUUCUUGGGUUUAGCUCUGUGUGCUGUUGUUACAAUCAAUAAACCAGGGAUGAUAGAUUGUGGGUGUAACUCCAUAUUCAAAACCAUCAAUGGUGAUAGCCAUCAAUUCAACCAUUUUUUUUCGAUUCAAGUUCACUCAUUGCUGACCAGCUUGGGUGAUGUCAAUUCAGAUCACAUAUUCGUGUGGUAUGAUAGCCUUGAAAAGGUGAGGUCCACUCGAUUAUGCAAUGCCACCAUUGAAGCCUCUUUCAACUUCUCUGCACAAAAUUAUGUGACAACGAGGUGUGGGGUUUGUUUCUUGUAUGCUCAAGCACUCAAUCAAGAUGCUGUCAAGUGCCAAAUCAUUGAUCAAGUCCCAACUAAGACCAGUCCCGAUGAUGAGUUUGUAGCUAGUGAAAGUGAGAUUUCAGUAAGCUCUCUUGAAAUGAUGUUUCGAAAACUAUCAUUAUAUUAGAGCAACAGAAUGUCUCCA